AUGGAAUCAACCCAACGAAUACAAGCCACCACUACAGCUAUUACAAUUAAGUUCAUUUGUACGUGGACGAUCGAGAAUUAUCGUGUGAUAAAAACCAAAGUUGGAGAAUCCAUAUUAUCCCCUGAAUUUAGUGUUGAAAGUGAUGGUAUAUCGCAUCAUGAUUAUGCAAAGCGAUGCUGGGGAUGGAAUAAAUUUUGGGACCUAAAAAAUAUUGACGAAUUAAUUUCUUCCAAAAAUACUAUCACCUUUAAAUGUGACUUCGAAGUUUUCAAGAAAUUGGAAUCUUCAAUUAAUUCAAAAAUCACUGACAAUGUAGAUGAAACAAUUCAUGGAAUAAAACUUGACUCUGCAUUUCUAAAUGAAGAAUUCAGUGAUGUUAAGUUGAUAACUUCUGAUAAAAAUUCCAUUCCAGCACACAGAAUUGUACUCGCUAUGUCCAGUCCAGUAUUCAAAGCCAUGUUUACCCAUGAUAUGUUAGAAAGGAAAAAUAAUUCCAUUGAGAUACCAGAUAUACCUUACAAUAUUCUAAUUGAAAUGUUGAGAUACAUCUAUACGGGAGACAUUGUAAGCACCAAAACAGAUAUAGUUCUGAAACUUUUAGCCGCAGCAGACAAGUAUCAAAUUGAUAAUUUGAAAAUCAAGUGUGAAAAAAUAUUGUGUGCUGAAUUGUCCACUGAAAAUGCACUGGACAUUCUGGAAGCUGCGCUUAAAUAUAAUGUAAAGUAUUUGGGAGAUGAGGUUGUGAAGUUUUUUGAAGUUCACAUAGAAUCGCUCAUUGAUUUAGAAAAAGUAAAUGACUUGGUUGACACUAGCCUGCUUAAUAUAAUUAAAGUAGGAAGAAAAAUCCCGAAAACGGAUAAUUAA